GAUUUACAUAAGAUUGACGUGUCGAUGGUUGGCCAAAGGAAUGCGACAGACCCACACAGCGCAGUAGGGCUGCACGUCGCAGGUGUCCUCUCGCCCACGCCCAACACCAUCCAAAUCAUCCUCUCCACCGCACACCCCGCAAAAUUUUCUGAGGCGGUGACUCUGACGAGCGCGCUGGAUGGCGUGUCAGGGUUCGACUUUGACUCAGUACUCCCUGAAGCCUUCAAGACGCUGCUAACGAUGGAGCGCCGCAUGAUAGAGGUUGAAAGACCUGAUACGGAGCUUGUGAAGGGUGUCGUGGAACAGUUUGCGGUUAUGUGAGUGUUUGAUAGCGUAGGGUGUCCUGAGAGUGAGGGAUCAAAAACAAUGCUUGUUGUGUAAAAGAAAGGUCCACUUAGAUGGGGGUCUUGUAUACCAGUGAU